AAAUUCAAGUUAAAUUUUUGACUAACAGGAUAUGUAUGUUAUGAUGUAUUUAUGAUCGACUGGAAAAAUGAACGACUUUUUUAUUUGGUUUUUUUCAAUAGUUUAUUUGGUGAAUGUAUUUUGCGAAACCAGUAGUUUAGAUGAUAGAACUACUUACACACAAGCAAUAUUAGAUUUUUUUAAAAGCGAAAAAAAACUUAGUCUGUAUGGAAAAUAUGGGAACGAUAGUCCAAAGUUACCACGGAAUGGGCAAUUGUUCUAUUUAAAAAAUCAAUUAUGGUGUUCUUCGUUUGGAAAAAUAAAUAAUAUGGGUAACUCAAAAGUUAUAUUAAUCCCUGUUGGAAAUUGUACAUUCCAAACAAAAAUUGAAGUUGCUGUAGCCUACAAUGCUACAGCUGUAAUCUUUAUUAAUAAUUAUAAUGAUGAACCAUUUUAUGAAGACAAUAAUGAAAAAAUUGUUUCAGUAAUUAUAAGCAAAGAAAAUGGAGAUAAAUUGACUCGUUUAUAUUAUGAUUAUGAUGAAAAAAUAGAUUGUAAUAUUAAUCCUGGGACUCAUUAUGUAGAUAAACGAUGGAAAGUUAGUAAAACUUCAGUACUUUUUGUGCUAGUUUCUUUUAUAUUAUUAAUGUGCAUAUCACUUGCAUGGUUGGUGUUUUAUUAUGUUCAAAGAUUUCGUCACAUUUAUCAUAGUGAUAGAAAAGAGAAACAAUUACUAACUGCUGCAAAAAAAGCAAUUUCAAAGCUAAAAACACUUCCUUUUUCGGCUGCAACCCAUGAAGAGGAUGAUACCUGUGCUGUGUGUCUUGAAUCUUAUAAAGAUGGCGAAACCUUAAGGGAAUUGCCAUGCAUUCACUUGUUUCAUAAAAGCUGUAUUGAUCCGUGGUUGCUUUACCAUCGUACAUGUCCAAUGUGUAAAAGCAACAUACUAAAGUCACUAGGAGUUGAAUUACCAGAUAGUAUGCCACUUUCUAUAAAUGUUGAAGCAGCUUCUGGUGAAAUGAAUACUAUACAAUCACACGUUGAAAGGCAAAAUGAUGAAAGAGAACCUUCUGUACCUCCACAAGCAUGGUCUGAACAAGAAUCCAACUGCUAUUCUUCUUGUUUAUUGUUUUCAGCUUCAAGUCUCGUUUCAGAUACAGAAAGUGAUCGAUCAACUGCAGCUCUUGUUACUUCAGUAGCUAGAGUGUAAUGAAUAAAUAAUAUGGUACAUUCUUUGCUACAUCCAAUGGGAGGAUAUUGCCGAAAUAGUAUUUUUUUUAGAGCGUUUCGCUGAAAAAAAUAUGGUUGCUUCUCAAAAUUUGAAAUUUGAUAGCCUUUUAAAAACAUCUAAAGAUUUUUUUUAAUUUUUUUUUUUAUCUAUAGUUUUCAAUCCGUAUCUUUUUUUUUUUUUUUUUUAAUUUUUUUCUGUUAUCUUGAUUUUGUACGAAAUUCGGUAAAUUCAGUAAUUCGUACCCAAAUCCUUAUUUUUAUUGAUACUAAGAAGCUUUAAGGCUGUUUGUAUUUUAACUUUUUAGCAAAUAAACUUUUUAUUAAAAGUAAUUUACCUCCAUUAAAUUGUGCAUUUCAUUUAUAAAUGAGUGUACUCUAGUUUUAUUAAGUAAAGUUAAAUUAUUUUCUAUAAGAUUCUUUUGUUAAAUUAUGUUUCCUUCAUAUAUUGCUUGAUAUUAGUUAUUAUGCAGUAAAAAAGUAAGAUGGUUAAUCGUUAAGCUGCAAAUGUAAAUUGUAUCAAAAAAUAUCGACCAAGUAUUAGCAUAUUUGUCGGUUUUGUUUUUAUUCUAAAAGGUUAUUUUUAUAUAUUGGUUAUUUAUUGUUGCUUUUCUAUCAUUGAUAUGUAAAUAAAAAACAAUAAAUUUGUUCUCAUUGUUAUUAA